AUGCAUUCCAUGGAGGGCCACGAAGGCCACGGCGGCCACGGUGGCAUGGAAGACAUGUGCAGCAUGAGCAUGCUCUUCACCUGGGACACGACCAACCUCUGCAUCGUCUUCCGCCAGUGGCACAUCCGCUCCAACGUCUCCCUCGUCCUCUCCCUCAUCGCCGUGGUCUUCAUCGGCAUUGGCUACGAAUUUCUGCGCUCCCUCUCUCGUCGCUAUGAGGCGUCUUUGGCAGCCCGACUGGAAACUGUACCCAACGCCACUGCGCAUGCUUAUCGCGAUGAUGAUGAUGAGAACGUUACUGAGACACCCGCCUUCCUCCGCUCAGGGCAGAACCGCGAAAACGUCAGCAAGCGAGGCCACGUCAUCAAGGCUACGCUCUAUGCCAUUCAGAACUUUUACGCCUUUAUGCUCAUGCUCGUCUUCAUGACAUACAAUGGCUGGGUCAUGGUGGCUGUCUCGCUGGGCGCCUUCCUCGGCUACCUCUUGUUCGGCCACUCUACAUCGGCCACAAAGGACAAUGCCUGUCAUUAG